AUGAACGAGGCUUCUACACGGUCUCACUGCAUCUUUACCAUUCACCUGUGCAGCAAAGAGCCGGGCUCAGCCACGGUAUGCUGCUCCAAGCUCCACCUGGUGGACCUGGCUGGGUCUGAAAGAGUGGGAAAGACUGGUGUGGGAGGUCAAAUCCUAACAGAAGCUAAAUAUAUUAACCUCUCCCUGCACUACUUGGAGCAGGUCAUCAUAGCCCUGUCAGAGAAGAAUAGGUCCCACAUCCCCUAUCGCAACUCCAUGAUGACCUCUGUGCUUAGAGACAGUUUGGGUGGUAACUGCAUGACCACCAUGAUCGCUACUGUGUCUGUGGAGAGGAAGAACAUUGCUGAGUCUAUGUCCACCUGUCGUUUUGCUCAGAGAGUGGCUUUGAUUAAGAAUGAUCCUUUGCUUAAUGAAGAACUGGAUCCUGCUCUGCUGAUUGUCCGUUUGAAGAAGGAGAUUCAGUCUUUGAAGGAAGAACUGGCUUUAGUGACUGGAGAACAAAGAAGUGACAAGCUAACCCAAGAAGAGAUCCAGCAGUUGGAAAAGCAGGUAAAUGUUUAUCUGGAGGACCCUGACUGUGAAGUAACAUUAGACCUGGGGCCUGAUAUGAGAAAAAUCCACUUUUGUUUCUCUCUGCUAAAGGUGAAAGUGCAAGAGAGAUCCUCUUCUCAAAAUGGGGUGAGUAAUGGCAGCAGUCCUUCUUUAAUGGGCAUGUCUGAUGGAGAGGAGAGAAAAUCACAUGCAGAACUCCAAAAGCUGCGGGACACGUUGACCCACCGUGAUAAUGAGAUCAGUAUAUUAGUGAACAUGCUCAAGAGAGAAAAGAGGAAAGUUCAAGAUGUUACUUCCCAGAUUGCACAGUUACACAAUCAAAACCCAUCAACCUACAGUUCAUCAUGGUCACCCACAGCCCUACAGGCGGAGGAGAGUGAAAAAUGUGACACCUCUAUUGAUUACACACAUAUUCAUCAUUUGAUAACCAGAAAAAGGGUACCGGAAUUAUCCGUGGGUCAGCAGGCAGCAUUUGAAGUCUUUCUAAGGGACCAUGAAGACCGCUUAACAAUAGAAGAUAACAGGGCUGUGUUGCAACAAAGGUUUGUUGAAGCUAAGACACUUGGUGAGCAAGUUAACCAGAUCAGGAUCAGAGUCAAUGAGCUGAAGACCCAGCUGAAAAUUAGACGAAAGCAAAUGGCAGCCCAAGUCUUAACAGGAAACCAAACAGAAUCAGAGUCAGACUCUGUUGAGGAGAGAAUCCUUAACCAGAUAGAGGAGGAGAAGAAAAAUUACAAGAUCACAUCUGGAUAUUUAAAAGGGUUGAAGACAGAGAUUGAACAUCUACGGCUGUUGCGUGAAAAGGCGAAAGUGAAACUCCAAAAGGACUUCGAGAAUUGGUGGACUCAAGAGGGUGCUAGACUACAGGGCCACAGUGCAGAGAACACAGGAAGCAGUCUAAGUCACGUCAGCCCUCUCAGCUGCAUGUUUACUAGGAAUAAUAAUCCAAAAGUUGAUGACACUGAUUCUCAGGAGAGAAGACAAAGGGAACAGACAUCUUUCUCUUCCAGAGAGCAGAGAGCCUUGCUCUCAGCUGACCUCUCAUUUACCUCUAUUCCUUUAACUGGAGAUAAAUGGACUGAUGCCGAUAUACAGGCUUUCAUUAGAGCCAGACACAACCUGCUGAACAACACAGGAGGGCUAAAUAAGAACAGUUAUGCAUGGAGGAAGGCAAGCAAUGAACAAUCACACAUUUUUGCAUACCUCUGGGCCAGAUAAACCCCUAAAGGACAUUUGAAUGACUCUUAAACAUGUGGAAACUCUCACAUGGCUCAGAAGGUGCUGUGCACAUUGACAAAUAUAAUAGCAUCACUUUAUAUCUCCAUUUAAGAACCUGGCUGCCUGUUGUAUAUAUAUUAUGUUGCCUUUUAGUGGAGAACUUGCUGGAAAUGAGGAGCUAGAAUUAAGGGUGAUGUAGUUGCAUAGCAGCAAUGUACUGUAAAUUACUGGUGAAGGCACUUGUCUGGUGUUUUUACAAGCUAUCUUAAAAUGUUAACCUGAUCAGAGCUCUGUCACCCUGCCAAACCCAGAUUAGUCUUAUUUAUAGAGUGGUGAAAUCAUAUCCUUAAUUGUUUGUUUAUAUUCAAGUUCUUUCGUGAAAAUAAUAUCACAGUUUUUUGUUUGUUUGUUUGUUUGUUUGUUUGUUUGUUUGUUUUUGUUUUACAAUAUUGCUCCGAUAUAAAGCUGUCUGAUAUUUCUGGUAAUUUUGCUGUUUCUGUUGUUGAACUGUAUACCUCUUUUGUUUCAUUCAUUCACAGUGAAUAUCUUUUUUGAAUAUAUAUUACUAAGUGUGCUGUUCUGUUUUACAGAUAUUUCAUAUUGUAAUCUUUGAUUGCUACUGGCAACCAUAUUUGACAUUUGUCUGCUCAAAAAUCUCAAGACUAAGAUCUGGUCAUUUUUUAUUUUAUGAUGCACUUGUUUGCAUGACUAUGAAUAGAUUUGUUUGCGUAAUAAGGUUCUGAGCUGUCAUUUGCAUAAGGGAGCAGCACUUUUUUCAUCAGAUUGAACAGACAUAAAGUGGCCCUUCAUUGUUUCCUUUAUGUAAUCUAGAAUAUGCCAGCAAUAUACAGAUAUCAAUGUCAAGAUACUAUAUAGUUUAGGUAAAAAAUAUUUAUGUUAACACUUUACAAUAAGGUUCAUUAGUUAAACAUUAGU